GUGGAAGACGAGGAGGUACUGCCGCGUGUCGCUGCGGCGCCCUCGCUCAGACUGGACGGCAGCUGGGAUACGUUUGCGUGUGUUCCUGUUAUUUUCCAAUGGUUCUGGAUCACGAUGGAGACUGCAACUGAUUCUUUGGCGAGAAAAUGAGAAUUUCAAAACUGUUUUUAAGUAGUUUUCAAACUGUUUAGAUCAGUUUUCGCAUUCCAAACUGUCCCCGAGGAAAAAGGGCAAAAACUUCUGAGACAGGAACUUGUUGCAAUCCUCGUAGAAAAAAAAUAUUUAGGCCUGCGAGACACCGAGACGAGAGGGCAUUCCGGUCUCCCAAGAUGCCAGCCGGUCAGCCCGCAUUUCCCGCUCGCAGAUGCACUUGUCUAAAGAUAUAGAUGUCCCAAGCAUGAGUCUUCUCUCCGAUCGAAGAAUCUAUUCUCCUCUCUCCUCCUCCUCCAUCAUUUAUUCGGCCUCUUCUUAUUCCCGACAUCAUUGCAGAUUGUUGCUGUACCUCCUCGCGGCGCUGCCGUGCAUGACCUCAGGAGCCGAGGGCGUCCUGGUCCACGACGUGAAGGUGCCCCAGCCGGGCAUCUCCGGCCGGAGUGCCCAGCUGGAGUGCCUCUGGUCGGCGGGCGUCAAGGGCUUCUACUCCGUCAGGUGGUACAAGGACGGCGAGCAGUUCUACAGCUUCAUCCCGCAGAACUACCCGGAGGUCAAGGUGGACCACAACCUCCCCGGCGUGACGGUCUACCUCUCUAAGUCGAACGAACACAUCGUGACCUUGAGGAAGAUUGACCUGGUCUCCGAGGGCGUCUACCGGUGCGAGGUCAUGAGCGAGGCGCCGACCUUCCAGACCUCCUUUGCGUCUGCCAACCUGACCGUCGUAGAGAUGCCCGGGGCGCCGCAGAUCGUCGGGAUGCAGGACUCGUACACGGUGGGGGAGACUCUGCGCCUCAACUGCACGGUGCCGGACUCGCGCCCUCCGGCCCGCAUCUCCUUCAGCGUCAACGGCAGACUCAUACACCCGGGGUCGGGCCGCAUCACCGAGUACCCGCGGGUGGACGCGGGCGGGCCGGGCCACCCGUACGCCCUCAGCACCACCCGCAGCCAGCUGACCCUUCCCCUGGGGGAGCGCCACGUCCCCGCAGUCACCGUGGAGUGCGAGGCGCAGGUGCUCUCGCUCACCACCCACGCCUCCCACAGCGCCCACGUCCGCCCGCUCUCCACGGCCUUCUCCUUCUUCAACGCGGGAUCGUCGCACGCCCCUCCCCCUGCUCUCUCGUGGCGGGGCGUGGCGGCCGCCCUUUCGCUCCUCCCCCUGGCGCUGCUGUAGAGGCUGACCCCGCGGCGUCGGAGGGACAGCUCGCGACGAAAGCUGAUCAUUCCCCUUCGUUAUGGCGCGUUCUAGCUAAAGGAACUCGAUAUUUCUCUUGAUUAAAAAAAUAUAUAUUCUUAUUAUUAUAGUUAUUGAUAUUAUUUUCAUUUUUAUUAUUUUUGUAUCCUGUUUUUUUUUAUUAUUCUUUUCUUCGUCCCUCUAAAUGCGUUGUUUUUUUGUGGUAAAUUCCUCCACAGGACAUCAGUCUACAGAGAGAAAUACCUUCAUUCCUGUUACAUUCUAAAUAUAUAUGCAUACGCACAUGCAUACACACACACACAC